UUGCUGUCGUCGGCGAGCCAUAAGAUAGACUCGGAGGUGAGUAAAGCUUACCGCUAUUCCUUCUGUUUCGUACUUACUUGGUCUUUGGAUAGCCAGAGGCCCUGCGCGUUUUGACACUACAUACCAUGCACUCCCGCUCGUCAAGCGGUUUGCGCUACCGCUGCCUCGAUAUUUGCACCCCGGCAAUGCUUCCGACAUUCUCGUUCAAUACCACGGCUUGCACUAUGGCGCAAACGACAACGAAAUGCCCUGGCGACACUCUAUCUGUUUCCCGGUACCUUCAGACCCAGUUCUUCAGUCGCGUUCAUCUACCUACCGCUGCCGCUCGGCGCUCGCAUGCCCGCCGACAAUUGCCCCCAGGCUUUUCAGAUCCUUCUGGCGCGGGUCACGCUUGCGCCCGCAUGACCUGGCUUUGCAAACCCCAUCCUUCAUCGACAUUGCAAUCCCGCGAUGAAUUAUUCCAUCGAGCACGACCUCACUUUUACGAGUAG